AUGGUGGAAAAGUCUCAGCCUGUCCCUCCCCCAGCCUACACACUGCGCACGACGCCAGAAGGACUGCAGACGGUCAAGCUUUGGAUCCGUUUACUAUCCGCCGCCAUCUGCACAAUCCUCAUCGGGGCCGGUGCAACUCUGAUCUGGAAUGUGGCCAUGAUUAUGGUUCGAUAUUUUCGCAAAAACGGGCAAGACAUUCACCCGGGAACUCGCGUCGGCAUCGACCUCAUCGUUUGGCUGGGGUUCGGCGCCGUUGCCGUCAUGAUGGCCGCGACGUGGUCGACAUGGGACACCAACAUGGCCGAGAGGUACUACGGCGGCGCCAACUUUGUCCUGGUCCAGAUGGCUGUUGUUCUGGCAACUAUUGAAGCAUUCGUCCACAUUGCCCUGUUUAUCAUCGCAUGCCACGAAACCCACGUGCACAACCGAUAUAAAAAGUUUAUCCGCAAGGUGAGGGCUGCUGAGAAGCACGCAGUAGACGGGGGGAACAAGGAGGAAAUUUGA